AUGUUAACAAAAAGUCAAGUUUUAAUCUUGGUUAUCUUCGGAAUUUACUUGGCAACUUCCGAAGGAGCCAAAUACGUCCCGAAAUGGAAGAAACAAGCGUGCGAGGUCCCGCAACAAAAUGAGCAAUCGCACUUUGUGUGUGGCGAUGACGGCGAACUCAAGUGUAUGCCAGGAUGGACAGGCGACAUUUGUGACGUGCCAAUUUGCAAGAGAGGUUGCGAUCCGAUGAACGGUUAUUGUAACCGGCCGAAUGAGUGUCGUUGUAAAUUGGGAUUUUAUGGAGAAAAUUGUGAGAAAUGUAUUCCGUUGCCGGGAUGUCAACAUGGAAGAUGUAAUGUGUCCUUUGAGUGUAUUUGCAAUAAAGGAUGGGAUGGAUUGUUCUGCAAUGAACCAAUUUGUCGCCAAGGCUGCCAUCAUCAAAGAGGAUAUUGUGAAUUCCCCGGUGAAUGUCGUUGUCGUUUAGGAUGGUCUGGACCAACAUGCCGAGAUUGUCAAGUACUUCCUGGAUGUGAUCAUGGAACAUGCACGAAGCCUCUUGAAUGUCGUUGUCUCCCUGGAUGGACAGGAAUUUUGUGUCAACAACCUAUUUGUGCCCCUGGCUGUAACAGACAACGAGGUUAUUGUCGUAAACCCGGAGAAUGUCGUUGCAAAUUAGGCUGGAUGGGAGACGAUUGUUCGCAAUGUCAUCCGUAUCCGGGAUGCAAAAAUGGCUCAUGCAAACGCCCCUGGGAAUGUAAUUGCGAAAAAGGUUGGGGCGGCAUGCUCUGCGACGAAGAACUCAACUACUGCGAAAAGAACGCCAAUACCUGUCAAAAUGGCGGAAAGUGCAUCUCAUUAACACGCGACGACGGAAAUUUCAUCUGUGAAUGUCCCUCCGGGUUCCGAGGACGCAAUUGCGAGAUUAUGCCAAUGUACAUGCAAACGAGCAGCACAACGCCAGGCUUCCUUCCCAUCAUGAAUGCGACAAAAACGGAUGCUCCAACGACUACAAGUACGACAACAACCACGGAAAAAGUGAUGGUUGUCGCAGCAAAACGUCCUGCGAGCACAACGACGAGCGAAAAACCCGAAAUUGACGAUUUGUUGGACAAUUAUUCGGCCGAAGACAUCAACAACGAAGCGAAAAAGUGA